ACUGCCUCAAGUCACUCAUUCUAUUUCCAUUCUCUCGGUUCUUUUGUUAGCGUUCCACUUGCUGUGUCCUCAUCUUCCACACUUCCCCUGCCUCGCUUUGGUCGCCCAGACGCAACAUGGCUGUGCCAACGACAUCAAGGAGCGUUACUCGUGCUCUGCGCCAACUGAAAAAGCCUUCAAUCCCUCGGGCGCGACAACCACAAUGCGCCCGAACGCUCUACGAACCCAUACGCAGUUUCACCAGCACCUCCCGGCGGCGAGAGGACACCGCAGAGCCGCAACACAAUGUAAAGUACACGACAGACAUGUACAACAUCAAGCGUGACUCGAGGUUCGCCGAGAUCACCCCGGACCAUGUCCAGUUCUUCAAAUCCGCACUUGGCGACGACGCAGCCGUGAUCGACGGUGUAACCAAAGACGCUACAGAUGACCUUGAAGCGUUCAACCGAGACUGGAUGAAGAAAUACAGAGGACACACGAAGCUGGUGUUGAAGCCGAAGAGCACGGAAGAAGUGAGCAAGGUGCUGAAAUACUGCAACGAGAACAAACUGGCCGUUGUGCCGCAAGGAGGUAACUCCGGCCUGGUGGGAGGAAGCGUGCCUGUCUUUGACGAGAUUGUCAUCUCGCUAGCACGCAUGAACCAGAUCCGCAGCUUCGACGACGUGAGUGGGAUCUUGGUCGUGGACGGAGGUGUCAUCCUCGAGGUGACGGACAACUUCCUGGCUCAGCAUAACCACCUGUUCCCUCUGGACCUGGGAGCAAAAGGAUCAUGCCAUAUCGGUGGUAACGUAGCCACGAAUGCUGGAGGUCUGAGGCUGUUGCGGUACGGCUCUUUGCACGGCAACGUCCUUGGCCUUGAAGCUGUGCUUCCCGACGGUACCAUCGUCGACGACCUUUCCAAGUUACGGAAGAACAAUACCGGCUACGACAUGAAACAACUGUUCAUCGGCGGAGAAGGUACCAUCGGCAUCAUCACGGGUGUCUCGGUGCAAUGCCCGCAACGGUCCAAAGCCGUCAACGUCGCCUACUUUGGCCUCCCGUCCUUUGAACACGUCCAAAAGGCAUUCAAGGAGGCCAAGGUCCAGCUCGGCGAGAUCUUGUCGGCGUUUGAGUUGAUGGAUUCGCAAAGUCAAGAUUUCGUCCACAAGGUCACCGGCAACAAGAGACCCCUCGAGGGCGACCACCCUUUCUACUGCCUGAUCGAAACCAGCGGGUCCAACGCCGAGCACGACAACGAGAAGCUGGAAAAGUUCCUGGAGCACGUCAUGGGCGAGGAGAUUGUGUCCGACGGCGUUUUGGCCCAGGACGAGACCCAGGUCCGCGCACUGUGGGGCUGGCGGGAGGGCAUCACCGAGGCCAUCGGACACUUUGGCGGCACGUACAAGUACGACGUGUCGAUACCGCUCGCCGAGCUCUACAAGCUGGUCGAGGACACGAGGGAACGACUGACCUCCAAGGGCCUGAUCGGGGAGGACGACUCACACCCCGCGAUCGGCGUCGUCGGGUACGGUCACAUGGGCGACUCGAACCUCCAUCUCAACGUCCCCGUGCGGAGGUACACCAAGGAGGUCGAGGAGGCCAUCGAGCCCUGGGUGUACGAGUGGAUCCAGAAGAGAAACGGCAGCAUCAGCGCCGAGCACGGCCUCGGGAUCGCGAAGAAGAAGUACAUCGGGUACAGUCGCAGCGAGACCAUGCUUGGGUUGAUGAAGCAGAUCAAGAAUCUGUAUGACCCGAACGGCAUCAUGAAUCCGUACAAAUACAUAUAGAUAGAAAAGCGUGGUGUAUAUAUCUUCGCCAAAGAUCGUUAAUAACAAAAAUUACCCCUCGAC